GUCCGGGUAUAAUUGGAACAGAUUUUUAUAGAGCAUGCGAAGUGUCCGGAAUAAUUAGAACAAGCAAGCAGCUGCAUGCGAGCUAGCUAAGUUUAAUAGAACAAGGUACGACUGAAUAGUUGCACUAACUAUCUAAAACUAGCUACUCAAAGCUAUCUAACUGCAGCACUCCAAGUCUUACUUGCCGUCUAUGAAUGGUAACUCAACUUUUCAAGAGAGGAGUGUGAAAUCUUUAUCAAAGAGUGCUAUGUCGUCCCAACUGAGCAGUGAGGUGGCUUCUCAGCUGGAUCUAUCUGUAAUCCGAUACAGUCGUGUGGUGGAGGACCACAGAGUGCUGUCCCAUGCCUUCAACAUUGUCCCAGACCAGGACACUGUGCUCUCCAUUACAAGUUCUGGUGACAAUGUACUCAAUCUUCUGCUCGAGCGACCAAAGAAAAUAGUUGCCAUUGAUAUGAGCCAUGCACAGACAUCAAUUCUGGAGCUGAAGCUUACUGCUAUCCGUCACCUCAGUUACCAUGACUUCCUAGUGUUGAUAGGAGAGGUUGCGGCCACUGGUGAUGAAAGAGAGGCUGUGUUCCAGACGAUGAAACACCACCUACCACCACAAGCAAAGGUUUUCUGGGAAGAUCGUGUUGAUACAAUCAGGGAAGGAGUAGCCACGUCAGGUCGACUACAAAAGUACCUGAUUAAGAUGAUGCGAGACCAGCUGUCAGAGACAGUAGGAGAUCAAGUAAUGGACAGUAUGUUCAGUGCCCAGAGUGUAGAGGAGCAGAGGCAAAUCUUCCAGUCCAUGCCCCAGGACAAAGUGGAGGCUAUUGUGAGGGCACUCUGUGACAAAAACAAUGCAUUAAAAGGUCGAUCGCCAGCACAACAAAAGUAUUUGUCAGACAUUAGUCAGGACUUCAUUGCGGACACAUUACUGACAGGGUUCAAUCGAGUCAGCUCAGAAGUGAGCCUCAAAGACAACUUCUAUUUUAAUUGGAUUUGUGUUGGAGAGAGGGGGUAUAAUCCAGAGAGCCGUCCAGAGUUUGCCCCUCCCUACCUCAGAGAAGAGAACUUCCUGGCUCUAAGGGGCCUUGUCGCCAGGGUGGAUGUACAUACUACUUCUUUGGAGGACUAUCUCAGUCUCCCUGACAUACCACUUUUCAACAAAAUCAACCUCUCUGACAUGUUUGAGUACAUGAGUGCUGAAAAUACAGAGCGCUUUUUCAGUCUUCUAUCUGACAAUAUGGCAGUUGGUGCCCGAGUGGCCUACUGGAACCUGAUCCUCCACCGACUCCCCCAAAAGUGUCCCUCGCUGCAACAUCUGAGCCAACUCUCCAAAGAGUUACAUAAGAAAGAUAGACUGUUCUUUUAUUCUGAGGUGUGUGUUAUUGAGAAGACCAACUAGAUCUCGAACAAUUUCAGAACCCUUAAUUCUUAGUUUGUACGUAUGUCAUGAUUUUUAUCAUUAUAGUCUAUACUAUAAUAACAGUAUUGUAAAAAACACAA